GCCUGAACGAACAAGCCGCAUGGUUUUCACACGGUGAAGUCAAAGUUUUGAAGAAGAGUUAGAAUGAACAAGCCCAAAAUUGUGAGACCAGAGGAGAGCCAGCCAGCACAUGCGCUGUGGUUUGACAGAAAGAAAUAUGUCACCAUAAACUUUGUGGUUCAGAGACCCAAAGAUGUCCAGGUGGAUAUCCAGGCAGACAAAAUGAUUUUAUGCUGCAAAAACAGCACAGAUGAUGUGUUCUACAAUGAGCUGCACUUCUUCGACAAAGUCCAAAUGCAUGACUCCAGAGAAAGAGUCUAUGACCGCACCAUUAAUGUCUUGCUGAGGAAGGUGAAGCCUGAUUUUGCGUGGCCUCGUCUCCAGAAGGAUGAAGCUAAGCCCAGCUGGAUUUCUGUCGACUUUGAUAACUGGAGGGACUGGGAGCACGAAGAAGACGAGGGAAAGGAAGAGUACGAUCGAUACGUGGAUAUGAUCCGUGAAAUGACUACCAGUAAUAAAGGAGCAGCACCAGAUAUGGGCGAUCUUAGUGAUUCUGACUGAGACUCACAGUACCUUCUCUCCUGUGCUGGAGGCCACGAUAAAUGCAUUGCUCAGGAUACUGGAGACAAGGCUUGUGCACUGAAGCUUGUAAUGUCUGCUAUGAUAUUGUCCAAAAUA